AUGUUUCCACCUGCCCCCACCGGCGAGAGCAGCUCCCACUCCGGCAACUGCCACUGUGGUGCCGUGAGGUUCAGCUUCACAUUAUCCCCGCCCCUACACGAGUACCCCACCAACACCUGCAACUGCUCCAUCUGUACCAAGAACGGCUACUUGCUCGUGUACCCGUUCACCAAGGAUUUCACCAUCGAAAAAGGCGAGGAUGUGCUGAAAGAUUAUCGCUUUGGCAAUCGCACGGAGCCAUUCGAGGGCGUCCAACCGAUCACUGCGGUCAAUGUACGACUGUUACAGGACUUUGACGUUGAGAAACUGAUUCUCAACAAGGUUGAUGGAAGGUCAUUUCCGCCAGAGUACAAAGUCUAG